AUGAACCUAGAGAGUGCGUGUGGUUACCAGGCCGGGGUCGGGGCGCGGGGUCCACGGGAAGUGAUGGAGCAGAAGGUCCAAGGUCAGCUGAACUUUGGCUUCCAGAGGAGCUCCACGUCAGACGACGACUCCGGCUGUGCGCUGGAGGAGUACGCCUGGGUACCCCCCGGCCUCAGACCAGAACUGGUGAGACGCCCCAAAAUAUACAACACAACAGGGUCCAGUGUGGCUCAGUUGGUAGAGCAUGGCGCUUGCAACGCCAGGGUUGUGGGUUUGAUUCCCACGGGGGACCAGUACGGGAAAAAGUACAAAAAUGUGUCCACUCAUUACUGUAAGCCGCUCUGGAUAAGAGCAUCUGCUAAAUGACAAGACAGUAAAAAUGUAAAAACUAAUAUACAAUAUGCUCCUUAUAUUCAACACUAUAUGCCACUUAAACUGAACUAAAAUAUAAACGCAACAUGUAAAGUGUUGGUUUCAUGAGCUGAAAUAAAAGAUCCCAGAAAUGUUACAUACGCACAAAAAGCUUAUUUAUAAUUUUGAGCACAAAUUUGUUUACAUCCAUGUUAGUGAACAUUUCUCUUUUGCCAAGAUAAUCCAUACAUCUGACAGGUGUGGCAUAUUAAGAAGAAGCUUAUUAAACAACAUGAUCAUUACAGAGGUGCACCUUGUGCUGGGGACAAUAAAAGGCCACUAAAAUGUGCAGUUUUGUCACACAACACAAUGCCCGUGCAACUGGCAUGCUGACUGCAGGAAUGUCCACCAGAGCUGUUGCCAGAUAAUUUAAUGUUAAUUUCUCUACCAUAAGCCGCCUCCAACGUCGUUUUAGAGAAUUUGGCAGUACGUCCAACCGGCCUCACAACCGCAGACCACGUGUAACCACGCCAGCUCAGGACCUUCACAUCCGGCUUCUUCACCUGCGGGAUCGUCUGAGACCAGCCACCCGGACAGCUGGUGAAACUGAGGAGCAUUUCUGUCUGUAAUAAAUCCCUUUUGUGGAGAACAACUCAUUCUGACUAGCUGGGCCUGGUUCCCCAGUGGGUGGACCUGGCCCCCAAGUGGGUGGGUCUAUGCCCUCCCAGGCCCACCCAUGGCUGCACCCCUGCCAUUUCAUGUGAAAUCCAUAGAUUCGGGCCUCAUUUAUUUUAAGUGACUGAUUUCGUUAUAUGAACUGUAACUCAGUAAAAUUGUUGAAAUUGUUGCAUGUUGCGUUUAUAUUUUUAUUCAGUAUAUGUCACGUACAUGUAUAUGCAAUAUAACCCACGACCUUGCCGUGUCUAUUGUUAUGCUCUUACCAACUGAGCCACAUUAGACCAUAGAAGGACCCAUAAACACAUUUGGCUCGUUUAGAUAGGAGCUGAGAAACACCACAGUAGCUUUCUCUGUCAUUAUUUUCCUCGUCAUAACUCCAUUAGGAAUGUUGCCAGGCCUCCUCAGGUUAUUUGGGUGGUGAGCAGUGCAGAGGCAGGGUUUGUCACAUGCUUGUCACCCUGAAGCACGACAAAGCUGCUUGUCUCUAACGGUUUAACUGUCGCCGUGGCACUUUGACCCUUAGGGCCACUGGCCUGGCUACUACUUUGCCCCUUGGGGCAGUUGACCGCAACUGAAGACUACUUUAGGAGGGAGGGUCAUUACUGCCACCAGAUAAAAAGGUGGGAUGUUCUUGUCUACUGUUUAGAGGGGGCUUCCUGCUGCUCAGCCCAUCUCUGGGGAUGGCAAUUGACCCCCACAAUCCUCAGCGUUGGGCCGUCGUAAAUAAUGCAAAUUUCAUGCUGCCAUUACCCCCUAUAUCCACCUCCCUAGGUCAGGGCUAAAGAACAGUACGCUGACUGACCCCCUACCUCCAGGGCUGUGUGUUUCUCCACUGUAAUGUGCACUACAGGGCUGUUCCACAGAAUAGUGGCUGUAAAGGCAUUACAGUUGACCCAGGCAUUUACACACAAAAGGGGGCUGUUUAUUUGGAGGCUUUAGAGCCUGGGUCUCCUGUUGCUUCAGCCCCUUCUCCCCCCCCCCCCUCAUUGCUUCCAUGUGUGCUGUUUAAAGGGAGGGAGAGGGGGAUAGAGAGUGAGAUGAGUAAGGAAAGGAGAGAGAGAGAGAGGAGUAAGGGAAGGAGAGAGAGAGAGGAGUAAGGGAAGGAGAGAGAGAGAGAGGAGUAAGGGAAGGAGAGAGAAGAGGGGUAGUUGGGAGAGUGCCACAUAACACAAGUGGACUCUGUUUGUGAACAAGCCUGUAAAAGGCAGCUGUGGCGAGGCCCCCUCCAAGCCAAACCUGGUGUUGCCAGCAACCAGCGGGAGGGGGGGAAUUGAUCCACAUCCACUUCUAAAGGCCUCCUCCUGCAUCUGAUCUGCCAGAUCUCUACUAAUCACUAGCAGACUUUUCCAUGCCAGAGUUUGUAAAUAAAAAUAUACACAUCCUGUCUCGGAGUGUCUUUGGGGUGGUGCUUGACAAGUCUGCCUGUCUCACACAAAGGAGCUCCGCUAUGCUCACUUUUCGGGUAGGGACAAACACAUGCAUGCACGCAGCCCAUUAUUCAGGGACAGGCUUAGUUGGUAUUAUCAUUCCUAAUGUGCUGAAUAACAUUUAUCUGGGCCAGUGAAAUAGGUUAAGAGAAAUCUGGGAAGGUGCUCUUCCUUUCAACAGGGACCUAGAAUCAGGUCAGGGCUGUUUUUAUGUUCUUGAUUAAGAACAUUUGACUUUCAUGUUACUUCACAGGAUAAACAACCCUCCAGGUUCAUUUUGCGUGUGGUAGGUGUAAGCAUGACGCUACCAAAGGAUCAAACUCACAUUCUAAAAGAAAAUGUGUGUGUGUGUGUGUGUGUGUGUGUGUGUGUGUGUGUGUGUCUUCUGUUCUGUGUGCUCCAGGUUCAGCUAUAUUUCUCCUGUCUGCCUGAGGACAAGGUUCCUUACGUUAACAGUCCUGGAGAGAAGUUCAGAAUCAAACAACUCCUCUAUCAACUGCCUCCACAUGACAAUGAGGUAUGGAAAAGACCCCAAAAGAGUGUGGUUGUACGUGCAUGGGUGUGUGUAGUUCAUUUAAACUGUGUGUGUGUGUAUGUUUGUGUAUACGCUGUGUGUGUGUGUCAUUAAAUGCAUCCCAGCAGGCCCUCUCAUUAAAGGCGUCGUAACAGGGCAGGUCUCACAGGAGGACAGCACCCAUUUUUCCCACCAUCCUUCCUUCCCAUCCACUUUCUCUGACUCAAUGUUGUUUGAAGAUCUGUGUCCGACCCUUGUCCUUCCCUGCUUUGUAGUAAACCUCAUGCCAUUCUGCUCAUGUGAGGGAGGACUUGGCAUUCACGUUACCAACAUCCCAGUUGUUAGUCCCUUGGUCCCACACUGGGUCAACAGUCUGUAAUGUCGUGGGCACAAUAAGCCUUUUGACUAUGAUUUGAUGAUGCUUGCUGGAAGCCCCCGCUAGCAGGAUUCCUGUCAUAGCAGUGGUCUUUCUGGGGACAGACCAGUGGGAAAGGGGACGCUGCUGAAAGACAUCCUUUAUAAUGUGCCAACCCUGCGUGUCUCUCUGUUACCCUUCCCCUCGUGAUUCCACUCUAAACACAACCCUUGUUUGUGUAAACUGUAAGCGUCUGCUUUCCCUUGUUAACAGUUUGGGAGGGAGACAUCAAAAAUGGUUGUCACGCUUUGCUUUGUGUUUUACACUUUCGACUAUAUUUAACUAAGGCCUCUCUCUCUCUCUCUCCUUUCUCUCCAUCCAGGGGCGCUACUGCCAGUCUCUCAGUGAGGAGGAGGAGAAGGAGCUCCACAUGUUCAGUGUCCAGAGGAAGAAGGAGGCGCUGGGGAGGGGGUCUCUCAAACUCCUGCCCCGGGCCCUGCUACACAGCUUCUGUGAACAUGUAUGUCCCUUCUCGCCCUCUCUUACACCGCCACUCACCUCAGUUCCUAACAGGAACACUGUCACAUCAGACACAUAAACCAAUGGGUAGAUGGGGUAUUUUUAAGGUAACAGAUAUGUAACGGUUUGGGAAGUUAUAGGAAACUGUUGUAAUCCAUAUAACCCAAGUAAACGACUAUUGAGAAGGGAAAAGCAGAACUACCUGUAGCCUGUGCUCUUGUUUAUCCUUCUGUGAAUAUGACGCUUCUCUAGAGGAGUCUGUUUCUCUUAGAACCUCCUCUUCCUCUGUGUUGUAUGUCAACCAGGCUAUGUAAGAGAUCCCUAAACAUAUGGUGGAUUUGCAGCCGUGCAGACAGUCUAAAAUCUAAAAAGCCUCUUGGUGUUGUUUGGAGUAGCUCCAGUGGGUUGGCUGACACUGUGCUCUGCUCACUUGAUGCUCAGUGUUUUAUUCAGUGUACUUACAAAUGGGUCCUGAGCAGCCCGGGGGUGACCAUUAAACUUGGUCAAAACACAGCUAUGCUCUGCUCUGCUCUGUAGUGGCUCUCCCUCUCUGCUCUGCUCUGUAGUGGCUCUCCCCUCUGCUCUGCUCUGUAGUGGCUCUCCCUCUCUGCUCUGCUCUGUAGUGGCUCUCCCUCUCUGCUCUGCUCUGUAGUGGCUCUCCCUCUCUGCUCUGUCUCUGUAGUGGCUCUCCCUCUUCUGCUUCUGCUCUGUAGUGGCCUCCUCUCUGCUCUGCUCUGUAGUGGCUCUCCUCUCUGCCUGCUCUGUGUGGCUCUCCUCUGAUCUUUAGUGGCUCUCCCUCUGAUCUUUAGGGCUCUCACCUCUCUGCUCUGUUUGUAGUGGCUCUCCCCCUCUGCUCUGCUUCUGUAGUGGCUUCUCCACCUCUGCUCUGCUCUGUAGUGCUCUCCCUCUUAUCGUAGUGGGCUCUCCCUCUCUGCUCUGCCUCUUAGUGGUCUCCCUCUCUGCUCUGUCUGUAGUGGCUCUCCUCUGCUCGUAGUGGGCUCUCCCUCUCUCUCUGCUCGUAGUGGCUCUCCCUCUGCUCUGUGUGCUCUCCCUCUUCUCUGUAGUGGCUCUCCCUCUCUGCUCUCUCUGUGUGGCUCUCCCCUCUCUGCUCUGUAGGCUCUCACUCUGCUCUGUAGUGGCUUCCCUCUCUGCUCUGUAGUGGCUCUCCCCUCUGCCUGUCUGUAUGGCUCCCUCUGCUCUGUAGUGGCUCUCCCUCUCUUGCUCUGUAGUGGCUCUCCCUCUGUCUGUAUGGCUCUCCUUCUGUGUAGUGGCUCUCCCUCUUCUAUGCCCCCCUGCUCUGUAGUGGCUCUCCCUCUGCUCUGUAGUGGUCUCCCUGCUCUGUUGUAGGGCUCUCCUCUCUGCUCUGCUCUGUAGUGGCUCUCCCUCUGCUCUGUAGUGGCUCUCCUCUGCUCUGUAGUGGCCUCCUCCUCUGCUCUGUUGCUUCCUGCUUCUGUAGUGGCUCUCCCCUCUUGCUCUGGUAGUGGCUCUCCCUCUGCUCUGUAGUGGCUCUCCCCUCUCGUGUCCUCUGCCUUCUGUAGUGGCUCUCCCCUCUGCUCUGUAGUGGCUCUCCCUCUUGCUUGCUCUGUAGUGGCUCUCCUCCUCUCUGAUGCUCUUCUGUCUGUAGUGGCUCUCCCCCUCUGCUCUGCUCUGUAGUGGCUCUCCCUCUGCUCUGUAGUGGCUCUCCCUCUCUGCUCUGCUCUGUAGUGGCUCUCCCUCUCUGCUCUGUAGUGGCUCUCCCUCUGCUCUGUAGUGGCUCUCCCUCUGCUCUGCUCUGUAGUGGCUCUCCCUCUCUGCUCUGUAGUGGCUCUCCUCUGUCUCUGUAGUGGCUCUCCCUCUGCUCGUAGCUCUCCUCUGCUGUAGUGGCUCUCCCUCUCUGCAUCUGUAGUGGCUCUCCCCUCUUUCUCUGUAGUGGCUCUCCCUCUGCUCUGUGAGUGGCUCUCCCCUCUAGCUCUGCUCUGUAGUGGCUCUCCCUCUCUGCUUGCUCUGUAGUGGCUCUCCCUCUCUUCUGUAGUGGCUCUCCUGCUCUGUAGUGGCUCCUUCUCUCUCUAUGUCUCCUUGCUCUGUAGUGGCUCUCCCUCUUGCUACUGUAGUGGCUCUCCCUCUGCUCUCUCGUAGUGCUUCCUCUGAUCUGUAGUGGCUCUCCCUCUCUGCUCUGCUCUGUAGUGGCUCUCCCUCUCUGCUCUGUUCUGUAGUGGCUCUCCCUCUGCUCUGUAGUGGCUCUCCCUCUGCUCUGUAGUGGCUCUCCCUCUCUGCUCUGUAGUGGCUCUCCCUCUCUGCUCUGUAGUGGCUCUCCUCUCUGUUCUGUAGUGGCUCUCCCUCUGCUCUGUAGUGGCUCUCCCUCUGCUCUGUAGUGGCUCUCCCUCUCUGCUCUGUAGUGGCUCUCCCUCUCUGCUCUGCUCUGUAGUGGCUCUCCCUCUCUGCUCUGCUCUGUAGUGGCUCUCCCUCUCCUCGGUCGUGGCUCUCCCUGCUGGAAACUGUGUAUGUCACAAAUAAAAUGUGAAUAAUUUUGUUUCUAGUCCCAGUGUUAAAAGCAAGGCCUGUGUCCCCACAUGGCACACGGAGAGAAACAGAGACCAGCAAACAAGAGCCUAACAACCCGACCACAGAGGGAACAUAGUCGACCACAUAAUUCCCAUAAUAACACCAGAUGCCAUGUUCAGAACUGUACUGAUGUGCUCCCUCACAGAUGGAAGGGAGUUGGCCACAUAUCUCAACCCUCCUCCUCUCUCCAGUAGGGAAUGGGGACAAGGGGACCUAGUGGCCAUAUGAUACCCUAGUUAGUAUCCAGGGCCGAGGCCAUGCUGUAGGAUUAGAUAGAUAGGACAGGACACAGCCACACACUCCAGACUGGAGGUUACAUAACUAGGGCAUUUGGCUAUAAUUGUGGACAUGUCACUGUGCAGUCAACCACACAUUUAUUUAGAAAUGGAAUUCAUGUUUUUAAAAUGUCAGCGCUUUGACAUUUAAGAAAUACAAUAUGGCAUUUUUACUGGUCAUUUCAAUUAAAUGUAUACACCCACUGAUUCUUGAAGAAAAAUAACUUGCCUAAUGAGCUGAGUAAAAUAAUACAGUAUACAAUCUCUAGUUUGAGAGUGAAACUCUGUUCCUUAUGGAUGUCUGUGUUGUCACAGUGUGGGGAGAGCAUCAACGGAGGGGAGAUGGCGGUGUUGGCGUCCAGAGCGGUUCCUGGGCUGGUCUGGCACCCAGCAUGCUUUACGUGCUCCACGUGUAGUGAGCUGCUGGUGGACCUCAUCUAUUUCUACCAGGAUGGGAAGAUCCACUGUGGCCGACACCACGCAGAGCUGCUCAAGCCACGCUGCUCAGCCUGCGACGAGGUGAGUGAGAGUGUGUGUGAAGAUGCACUGUGGCCGACACCAGAGCACGUGAGCGGAGUCGAGCGGUUGGAAAUCCCGCUCCUGUGCUCCACGUCCUUUCAAAACCGUUCCGCGCUCACACAAAAAAAAGAAUGCCGCUACAUAUUCGCUCCAUUCAUAAAAUUCACAAUUUUACCAACACCCAUCUAUUUUUGUGACUACCUGGGCCUACCAUUUGGUUUUUAAGUAUUGAAACCAAACCAUAUGGAAUAGAAUAAACAUGAAAAGGUGAAUGUAAGAAGCACACAUCAUUUGAAAUAGGCUACAUGUCUUAUUAAACAUCAUAAACACUGUAAAUAGGUCAGGAGCCAGACAGGGAGCCUAAUUAUUUAGGCUAUAUUAUUUCAAUUAUUUCAAGGCUUUAGCCUCCAAAGAAAUACAUUAGAGUGAGACAAUAGACUGGUAGGGACAUAAAGGGCUCAGCAUUUAAACAACAUUUCCUUGUAUUAAAUCAUUAUUGUCUAUAAAUUACACAUAUAGGCUAUGACUUACUUACAAUUAAAUACAAAUUAAACUAUCUGGCUGUGAUCUUUUUUUUUUUUUAUGACUUAUUAGGCUCAGUCUACAGUGCCUUUGAAUUCAUAUUUAGAAACACGAGUUUGGCCAAAGUCUGUGGCUUCAGGUUCAUGCAAUGGCGCCAGGAGAGCAGGCCAGUAGCAGAGAAUAUCUUCUCCACGCUUGCAGAGACACUGGGGAUGCUAAACACCCUUCGGGCCACUCUUGCCAGGCUGGGCAGAGAUGCAGAGUUGUUGUUUUUAAUUUUUCUAUAGGUAGGCCUUCAAGGUUGUUAGGCAAAAUAACCCAAUCAAAACGGAAAGCUCCUUGAACAUGGGAAUAUGCCAGGCCUAUUGAUCCAAAAUCAAUUAUGGUCUAUCGUAUAGAUAUUAGAACAAAAAUGAACAAAAUGUUCAAUAGAUCAGAUUUUUAGUUUAUAAAUACUUUGCUAAAAUGUACAUUUACAUUUACAUUUACGUCAUUUAGCAGACGCUCUUAUCCAGAGCGACUUACAAAUAGGUGCAUUCACCUUAAAGCCAGUGCGAUAACCACUUUACAAUGUUUUUUUUAUUUGUUAUUUGUUAUUUGUUAUAUAUAUUUUUUUUAAUGUAAUUAGUUUUUUUGGUUUUUGGGGGGGGGUUGUGGUGAGGGGGGGGGGGGGUUAGAAGGAUUACUUUAUCCUAUCCCAGGUAUUCCUUAAGAGGUGGGUUUCAAAUGUCUCCAGAAGGUGGUGAGUGGACUCGCUGUCCUGGCGUCGUGCAGGGAGCUUGUUCCACCAUUGGGGUGCCAGAGCAGCGAACAGUUUUGACUGGGCUGAGCGGGAACUAUGCUUCCGCAGAGGUAGGGGAGCCAGCAGGCCAGAGGUGGAUGAACGCAGUGCCCUCGUUUGGGUGUAGGGACUGAUCAGAGCCUGAAGGUACGGAGGUGCCGUUCCCCUCACAGCUCCGUAGGCAAGCACCAUGGUCUUGUAGCAGAUGCGAGCUUCAACUGGAAGCCAGUGGAGUGUGCGGAGGAGCGGGGUGACGUGAGAGAACUUGGGAACGUUGAACACCAGACGGGCUGAGGCAUUCUGGAUGAGUUGUAGGGGUUUAAUGGCACAGGCAGGGAGCCCAGCCAACAGCGAGUUGCAGUAAUCCAGACGGGAGAUGACAAGUGCCUGGAUUAGGACCUGUGCCGCUUCCUGUGUAAGGCAGGGUCGUACUCUCCGAAUGUUGUAGAGCAUGAACCUACAGGAUCGGGUCACCGCCUUGAUGUUAGCGGAGAACGACAGGGUGUUGACACCCUUAGCUUUCUACCCACCUCGUUCCACCAUCAUGCUUUCGGGAUAGGUGUAUUUUCAGAUUCCACAAUGAUUCUUUAGUUGUGGACACUACAUCACCACACUCCCUCUCUUGCUCUUGGUCCUCCUCAUCUUUGUAAGUCACCUUGAUUUAGCACCUGUGUGUUUGAUCAGUUUCUUUAUGAAAAUCUAUAGCGAACUUCAUGACAGUAGCUAAAGCAAGGGGCUAUAGCAGCACACAAGUAGACUAUAAGUGCAUGCUGGGGAGGGCAUGCCCUGAGCUCGAGUGAGAGCUACUGGAGCGAAAUUGGAGAGGGUGAGAAGGCGCUCCACAGUCCAGUCAAAAUGGGCACGCUCCGCUCCACGCUCCGCUCCUCGCUCCGCUCACAUACUCUGGCCGACACCAUGCAUUGCUCCUAAAACCACGCUGGGUCAGAUUCAAAAACGCACACCAACACAGGCAUAUGUUCUCUGGAGGCAACAGCAAUAACCGCUUAGACCAAUCCAAGCCACACACUUCUCAUCAAACUCUGUCUUAAUGUGUCUAUCUUCAGGUUAUCUUUUCUGACGAGUGUACGGAGGCGGAGGGGCGUCACUGGCACAUGAAGCACUUCUCCUGUUUUGAGUGUGAGACUGUGCUGGGGGGGCAACGUUAUAUCAUGAAGGAUGGUCGGCCAUAUUGCUGCGGCUGCUUCGAGUCUCUCUACGCCGAGUACUGCAAGGCCUGCGGGGAACACAUUGGUAAGCCCUGACGAUAUGCAUACAGACCACUGCUUCUGCCAUUGUGAAAUGAUUGACAGAAACUCAAAUAAACGGACAUAGUAAACUUUUAGACAUAGCCUCUCAAUGUUUUUUAGGCAGUGAGUAAAUAUUUUGCUGUGCGAUCUGGAGUUUUUAAUUUAGGAGCACCAGUGAGCUUGUCUUUUUUGUCCUGCUUCUAAAUGUCUUUGCCUACAUCUCUCUCAACUUAGGCCACGUGCUCCUUGUAAAAAAGGUCAGCGUAGCCGUGGUUAGUAAUCCAAUGCAAAAUAUCCAAACAAUGUACCAUGUCAAUAUUUUCAGCCAGUAUGAACAUGUUAUAUGACACAUGCCUAUGAGGAAGUUGACAAUGAUUCAGGGAAUCACACCACACCAAGUGUUUCACAAAAUACACAAACAAAUCUUCCCUCACAUCUGUGCUAACCGAAGCCUUUCUCCUAGGUGUGGACCAUGCCCAGAUGACGUACGACGGUCUCCACUGGCACGCCACCAAGGGUUGUUUCUGCUGUGCCCAGUGUAAGAGCUGUCUGCUGGGCUGUCCCUUCCUGCCCAAGCAGGGCCGGAUCUACUGCUCCAAGGCCUGCAGUCUGGGAGAGGACGUCCAUGCCUCAGACUCCUCCGACUCCGCCUUCCAGUCGGCGCGCUCCCGUGAGUCCCGCCGCAGCGUACGCAUGGGCAAGAGCAGCCGCUCGGCCGACCAGUGCCGCCAGUCGCUCCUCUUCUCACCCUCCGUCAACUACAAGUUCCCCGGGUUUACCGGUAACCCAGACACCGAUACGCUCACCAACAAACUGGCCCACCUGGGUUUAACCAACGAGGAGUGCUUCUGGAGAGGGAGGGAGGACACUGAGGCCCCUGAGGACCGGGACGAGGAGGAGUGGGCCGAGCAUGAAGACUACAUGACCCAGCUGCUGCUCAAGUUCGGGGAGCACGGUAUCUUCCAGCAGGGUGAGCUGGUCAACUCCAGACCUCCAACCGAUCUGUGGAUGACCGAGGCGGUCAAGAUGAAACAGUGUGAGCCUCAGGGCUCUAGGGCUGAGAGUGGAGGCAUUGGAGGAGGACGUGGAGGAGGGUCAGGCAGUCAGAGCCUGGCCAGUAAGAAGUACCAGGCAGAUAUGUACUGGGCCCAGUCCCAGGACGGGCUGGGGGAUUCGGCCUACGGGAGCCACCCUGGCCCGGCCAGCAAUAGGAAGCUCCAGGAGCUGGAGCACGCGGCUGGGAGCAACGGGGGUACCGGCUUCCAGGGGGAGGAGAAGCAGUGGUAUGACAACUCUUCUCUGGAGUGUAUCACAGAUGAGCUGAAACAGAAGGAUCAGAGCGUCAGGGACUCCAUGGACUCACUGGCACUGUCCAACAUCACCGGUAAGACAUGUUGCCUCUCCAUUGAAAUAGCCUUUUAGUCCAGUACUAGACUUAAUCUGUCCCAGAAACCGGCUCUGAGAACUUGAUCUGAUUCGCAUCCUAAUGUUCAAUGUUCUGUGAUGGCAGAAUAUUCUUUGAAACAGCACGGUGACAAGACAACUUGUACAAAUACAUUUCAUUAUCUCUCUCUCCCGCUCUUCUUCCAGGUGCCUCUGUAGAUGGCGAUAGUAAAGAGAGACCUCUGGUCUACUCCUUACAGAACUUCCAGGACCUCGAGGCUGAGAGAGACUGUGAGAACACAAGCAACAUGGGAACUCUCAACUCCUCCAUGUUACACCGCAGUGCCACUUCCCUGAAGAGCCUUACGUCUGAGCUGGAGCCGGAGGAGAACGUACCAGAGGAAGAGGAGAAGGCCCCUCUUCCCUCUCCCACCAAGCCUCCUCACGUCCCGGCGUUGAGACGGACUCGAUCCCAGUCCCGACCCCAACAGGUGAAGUUCUCCCCAGACGUCGUGGACAACAGUCUCUAUGGUGACCUGCAGGUGCGCCAGCCCCCGAUGAGCGAGCGGACGCGGCGGCGAGCAUACCACUUCGAGGAGCAGGACCAGGAGCUUGGUGACUCGGGCUCCGGCCGCCAUCACAACCACCCUCACCACAGGAGGCGCCGCAGCCGCAAGUCACGCUCCGACAACGCUCUCCACCUGGUGCCCAAGGAGAGGGCCAACCGCAUGUACUUCAGAGAUGACCACAGAGGCCAUGGGGGCCACGGCUUCAGCUCCAAGGGGCCCCAGCAGCAGGCCUUCCUGCCCAACCAGCAGGGGUAUGGCCAGGCCCAGCAUCCCCACCACCAUCCCCACCAAGCCACCUCAGACUACCGACUCCAGCAGGGCCCAGCCAUGGAGAGGUUCAUGGGGUUGUGUGGGGACAGGGACGAGGAUGACUGGUGCUCCACCUGCUCCUCUUCCUCCUCCGAGUCUGAGGAGGAAGGCUUCUUCCUGGGCCAGCCCAUCCCCCAGACACACAGACACUACUAUGAUGGCCUGCCCAGCCAUGUGGCAGGCCUGCCCUCCCCGCCUUACGGAGCAGUCCCACGGACUAAGUCCAAAAAGAAGAAGGGGCACAAGGGGAAGAACUGUAUCAUUUCAUAA